CUCAUGGACUUCGGCUUCCCCCAGACCACCGACAGCAAGAUCCUGCAGGAGUAUAUCACACAGCAGGGCAACAAGCUGGAGACUGGUAAGUCACGGGUGCCCCCCACCGUCACCAAUGCUGUGUCCUGGCGCUCUGAGGGCAUCAAGUACAAGAAGAACGAGGUCUUCAUCGAUGUCAUAGAGUCUGUCAACCUGCUGGUCAAUGCCAAUGGCAGUGUCCUGCUGAGUGACAUCGUGGGCACCAUCAAGCUCAAGGUGUUUCUGUCGGGAAUGCCAGAGCUGCGGCUUGGCCUUAACGACCGCGUGCUCUUUGAGCUCACUGGCCGGAGCAAGAACAAGUCUGUAGAGUUAGAAGAUGUGAAAUUCCACCAGUGUGUGCGGCUGUCUCGCUUUGACAAUGAUCGCACCAUCUCCUUCAUCCCUCCUGACGGUGACUUUGAGCUCAUGUCCUACCGCCUCAGCACCCAGGUCAAGCCGCUGAUCUGGAUUGAAUCUGUCAUUGAGAAGUUCUCCCACAGCCGCGUGGAGAUCAUGGUCAAGGCCAAGGGGCAGUUUAAGAAGCAGUCAGUGGCCAACGGCGUGGAGAUAUCCGUGCCUGUCCCUAGCGAUGCCGACUCCCCACGCUUCAAGACCAGUGUGGGCAGUGCCAAGUAUGUGCCAGAGAAGAAUGUUGUUAUUUGGAGUAUUAAGUCUUUCCCGGGGGGCAAAGAGUACCUGAUGCGUGCCCACUUUGGCCUCCCCAGUGUGGAGAAGGAGGAGGUGGAAGGGCAGCCGCCCAUCGGGGUCAAGUUUGAGAUCCCUUAUUUCACCGUCUCUGGCAUUCAGGUCCGAUACAUGAAGAUCAUCGAGAAAAGCGGUUACCAGGCCCUGCCCUGGGUUCGUUACAUCACCCAGAGUGGUGAUUAUCAACUUCGAACCAGCUAGAAGGGAGAAGAGAUGGGGGCUUGAAUGUGGGGCCUUCCCUCUCCCCAGGCCUGCAUUGCAGACUUCGGGGGUGGGAGAUGGGAGGUGCAUGUGUGAGGGUAGGCACCUGUCUUAGCAAUUUCCUGCUCCCAGCAUCUGACUGCUCCCCACCUUUCCUCUAUCCAUAGUAUGGGAGGGAUGGUCUCCCUGCCUCCCUCUGGGCUCUCCCAGCUCUAAUUUUAUAUGAAGUAAUAGAGGGGGGGCUUGAAGUCCCCCUCAUGAGUGCCUUUUUGCAGUGACCUGCCUUAGGGGGUGUCGGGGGGCCCCUCCUUCACAGUUGCUGAGCCCAGAGGUCCUGUUGGCCCAUUGGCCCAUUCCUCUGAGUUUUAUGGCAUUAAAAAAGAUGAAUCUA